AUGGAGACGGGCCGCCAGUCAAACUGGCAACACCUGUGCGAAGACAUGGGAAAGCGCUUUGCGCCGGCAAGUGAAGCUGCGAAGGAUAAAUCGCAGUUUAGAGCUCUGAGACGAGGCCCAGGCGAAGCCAUUCCGUUAGUCACGGACGAAUUACGUAAGCUGGUGACUCGGGCUUACCCGACAGCCACAGAGGACUUGAGGGAGGAACUGGUCCGCGACCAGUUCAUCGAGGCCAUGACACCGGCCAGGCUCAGAACGAGGCUCCUAGAAUUAGCUCCAGUCACCGUACAGGCGGCUGAACAGCAGGCACUACACCUCGAAAGGGUGUGGGAUUCACACGACAUGGGUAUACCCCGUCAUGCUAGGAUAUUGGAGGAAGAUAACCCUCCUAUGUUAGUGGCUGCGGCAACCCGGGAGGAACCCUGGAGUCGUAUGUCACGUACUCUGGACCAACUGGCCGAAAGGCUAGAUCGCAUGGAAAACCGAGGAAACCGAGCACGCGGACCAUUUAUGGGGUCGUGCUUUACAUGUGGGGAGAAGGGCCAUAAGGCAUAUGAGUGUUCUAACAGAACACGGGGUGGUGCACCAAACCGACACCAGGCGGGAAACGGACAGUGA